UUUCCUUCAGUGGAACUUCCCAGAACGCUGGCUGUGUAUUCGCUGGACUACAUUAGGCGCGGACGAGAUCUCAGUCGUAAUCGAAACCCAUCAGCCAGAUUUUAUGGUAUAACAUACAAACAAGGCCCUGAUGGCAGACGGGAUGGUUCUACACAAUUUUAUGGAAGAUCAAAUAGCUACGUGGAGAUUCCUAACACAGGGAAACUAGACGCUAGAUACUCCAUCACUGUCUGUAUUUGGGUUUAUCACGAGGGACGACGGGGAAUCAUUCUGAACUACAAUCCAAACCGCAGAGGCUUUCAACUGCGCAUGAUCAGUCCCAGAGUACUCCAAGUGAUAAUUGUCCGAAGAACAAGAAGGACGACAAUCACGGUACAGACAAGAGGAAGAGUUAUCAAUUACAAGGCUUGGAGCUACAUAGCUGUAACAUUUGACGAGCGAAGUCAAAUGUUGACCAUUUGGGUGAAUUCCAAACCAGUUGUUAGACGCACAAUUGGUAAAGUUCAGUUGGAAACUAGGAAGGCAAUCAGACUCGGUGGACAGAAAGGCAGCGGGGAAUACUUCCGUGGUCGACUGUUUUGUCUUCAGUUGUACAGUGUGGCACUAAACAGGAAGCAGAUCGAGGAGACAAAGAAGAGAUGCUUCAGGAAAGGUAAUGCAUCUCUAUUUGAUUUUGCGAGUUAUCUGAGUUUUCCUUUUCAAGUUCCUAGCCUCAGGCAGUCUUCUUGCUUUACCACUGAUUCCCACCUGCUUUUUGUGAAGACUCAAUCGAAGUAAUAAGUAUUGUUUUACUUAUGCCCUUUUUCUCAGUGAUCAUCACAAUUCCAACCCCGACACCUACGCCUACACCUGCUCCAAGAGGUAAGUCACAAAUCCGUUUCGAAAAAUCUUUUCUGAAACUGAUAAGAAAUUCUUCCCUCUAUGUGCCCUGUAUGUCCUUGUAAAUUAGUCGAGAGGAUACUUUUUUACGAAAAAAAGACCCACUCCAACAUAUAAAUAGUGAUCGCUUAUUUGCUGAAUGAUGGAAUGAUGUUGUAAGCAUAAGUCACUGGUUAAUUUCGUCAUGUAGGGAAAGGUAAGACGUCUGAUAAAUUGUUCGAUUCUCGACAUCAAUCAUACUUUCCAACCAUACGGCAUCUCCCCACGACCUGAAUUUGGCAUCGAUCGAACCUUAAAACCAAAUCCCACCACACCGCAAUCUUAAUUAGUAAAAUUAUAUUGCUUUCCUUCUACAGUUUGCACAACUCGUGUUGAUCUCGGUUUCUUGAUCGACGCUACCAGUCGUGUGGGACGAAACAUCCGGCAAAUUGCUCAUUUUGUACGAGAAGCUGUUCGUCGAUUUACUAUUUCAAGUAGAGCUGCACGUAUUGGAGUAGUAACGUAUGCUUCUCGUCCAAGAAGAAUCAUCGGCUUCGCUGCAGCAUACAAUCGGCAGCGUAGUUACAAUGCAAUUCGUGGAAUUCGGGCUCUUGGAGGCAGAGCAAGACUUGGCCGAGCGUUAACCUAUACCAGAUUUAAUCUGUUCAGAGGUAAACCUCGUUGUGGAAGACGAAGAGUUCUUAUUGUUCUUACCAGUGGGCAAUGGAUUGACAGGGUGAAGAGACCAGCCGAGGCUCUUAAGGGGGUUGGUGUGGAGAUAUUCACGAUUGGUAUCGGCCGCAUCAGAAGGACAAGUCUAGUACGAGUUACAACAGACACCAAGCAUGUAUUUGUAGUUGGGUAUACACAGCUUUUGUCCAUUGUAAGAACACUGAAGGACAGGAUUUGCUACUCUCCCGGUAAGUUUUCUUAUAAAAGAAAUGAAAUUGCACUGCUGUGAAAAAACGCAAUUGACUCUUAUUCCCCUUACAUAAAAAGAAAAUACCUUUAAAGUCCAAACAUUUCAUACGAUGUUAAUAACAUUAACUUUCCUGGGACUCGUAUACCGAAAUUAUUGUAAAGACAUAUUUCCCAGCACUCUAAAAUGGAAGCCAAAUCACUUUUUUUCGGAGAAAACUUUAAAUGUUCCAUGCAGUUAUUUGUACAGAAAUCUCUUUUUACCUCUUUCCUUGCUUAUGCGUCUAAAUUCAAUUUCUAGUUAUUCGCCGAGGAGCAGUUGCAGUUUAUCAGCUCAACAGCGCCUCCAAGAACCGUGACAUCAGUGGAUACGUCAACCCACCCGCCACAUUUGUUGGCGUUUACUACGCACGUGGCCCUGACAAUCAUCCACAAGGAGCCCUUUCCUUCAGUGGAAGAAGAAACAGUUAUGUUUUGAUCCCUAAUAACGGCUGUCUGGACACUAAGUUCUCACUGACUAUUAUCAUGUGGGUAUAUCCAGAGAGCAGUGGACCAUUGUUACAUUUUAAUCCAAAAGGCUGGGGUGUUCACGUGUGGAUUAUAAGUCAGUUCAGACUUUUCGCUCGGUUUGUACCUCGCUCAGGUAAGUCUGUGACAGCCGUGUACAAGAGGAUAAAACCACGCCAGUGGAACUACAUUGCUGCGUCGUACGAUCGACGAACAGGUCUGGCCACACUGUGGCUAGAUAGUCUUCCCAUCAUCCAACGCAAGAUUGGUAGAUUCCGUCUUGGCCUUGCUACUAACUAUCCUAUAGUGAUCGGAAGUAAACCUGGUGAUCGACGCAAGUUCCGCGGAAGAAUUGCCUGUGUACAGAUGUAUAAUUAUGCUAUGAGUGCUGCACAGAUUCGAAGUAAAAAGAAGAAGUGUUUCCGUGUAGGUGCGUGUAAGAUUUUCUUUUCUUUGGUUCACUCUUGUUUGUAAAGGAAACAUCUUCUUUAGACACAUGCAAAUUUGUUAUUUAAACGUUUAAAUUAACACUCAAGUCUUAUUGAAACGGUAACCACGCGGUGUUUUCUGAUGAUAUUCCCACUUACAAUGUGUUUCAAAGGAAUUUUUCUUGUGGGGAGAAGAUGUUACCGCUAUACAAACCCACACCAUCGAUUAAAUUUCGAAACUCCGCUGCUAACUCGUAACCUUAUGGAAGAAUGUACCCGAAAACGUUUAGCAUAUAUGUCCUUUUUUUAACUCAUUUUGGAUUUGGGAAAGUUUUAAAAUCUUAUUGUUGGCAAAAAAUGAAAUUUGCCCACUUAAUUAAGUAAAUCUAUUUUCCUUUCCUUUCAGCACCCACUUCUCCAGUCACAAAACCAAUUGGUACACCAAGAGGUGAGCAAAACAUUCCAUAUCUCUGUUAGUUUCGCGCAUCAAGAGUUUAAUACCGAUCUCGUAAUCCAUUGAUGAGAUCACAGUGUACCCUUAGGUGUGAUGGCAGAAUGGGCAUCCAAAUUAAAAGUGUGCAAGCGUUUGUCGCCACUUAGACUUACUCUCACCUACGCGUAAAGUACGAACUAAUCAUUGAAGUCUUAAGUUCAUCUGUCAACUUCUGAUAUUUCUCAUAAUUAUUCAAUUAUUUCGCAGUGGAACUUCCUAGAACGUUGGCUGUGUAUCCGCUGGACUACAUUAGGCGCGGACGAGAUCUCAGUCGUAAUCGAAACCCAUCAGCUAGAUUUUACGGUAUAACAUAUAAACAAGGCCCUGAUGGCAGACGGGAUGGUUCUACACAAUUUUAUGGAAGAUCAAAUAGCUACGUGGAGAUUCCUAACACAGGGAAACUAGACGCUAGAUACUCCAUCACUGUCUGUAUUUGGGUUUAUCACGAGGGACGACGGGGAAUCAUACUGAACUACAAUCCAAACCGUAGAGGCUUCCAGCUGCGCAUGAUCAGUUCCAGAGUACUUCAAGUGAUAAUUGUACGACGAACGAGAAGAACAACAAUCACGGUACAGACAAGAGGAAGAGUUAUCAAUUACAAGGCUUGGAGCUACAUAGCUGUAACAUUUGACGAGCGAAGUCAAAUGUUGACUAUUUGGGUGAAUUCCAAACCAGUUGUUAGACGAACAAUUGGUAAAGUUCAGUUGGAAACCAGGAAGGCAAUCAUACUCGGUGGACAGAAAGGCAGCAGGGAAUACUUCCGUGGUCGACUGUUUUGUCUUCAGUUGUACAGUGUGGCACUAAAUAGGAAGCAGAUCGAGGAGACAAAGAAGAGAUGCUUCAGGAAAGGUAAUGCAUCUGUAUUUGAUUUUUCCCCUUACUUGAGUUUUUCUUUUCAAGUUCAUGCCCCCAGACAUUCUUCCUGUUUUACCAUCGAUUUUCAUUUGCUUUUUGUGAACAAUCAAUCGAAAUAAUAACCCUAGUAUUGAUUUACUUUCGCUCUUUUUUCUCAGUGCCCAUCACAAUUCCAAUCCCUACGCCUACACCUACACCUGCUCCUAGAGGUAAGUAACAAAUCUGUGACGUGAUAUGGUUUUUAUAUUCUGGAACUAAUUACGCGAUACUAGAACCUGUAUUGAUAUUGAAAACCGGCACCAAUUAAGUCGUUUCAAAAAACCUUUUCUGGAACUGAUAAGCAAUUCUCUCCUCUAUAUACCAUCUAUGUCCUUGUGAGUAAGUUGAGAGGAUACUGCGUUGUAAAAAAAAAGACCCACUUUACCGUAUAAAUAGUGAUGCUCAACUCGCUUAUUUGCUGAAUGAUGUAGAGAUGUUGUAAAUGUACGUCACUAGAUAAUUUCGUAUAGUAGGGAAAGUUACCCGUCUGAUAAAUUGUUCAAUUCUAGAAAUUUGUGAAUGAAUUUGCUUUUUUUCACAGUUUGCACAGCCCGAGUUGAUCUCGGUUUCCUUAUCGACGCUACCAGUCGUGUGGGACGAAAUAUCCGGCAAAUUGCUCAGUUUGUACGAGAAGCUGUUCGUCGAUUUACUAUCUCAAGUAGAGCUGCACGUAUUGGAGUAAUAACGUAUGCUUCUCGUCCAAGAAUAAUCAUCGGCUUCGCUGCAGCAUACAAUCGGCAGCGAAGUUACAAUGCAAUUCGUGGAAUUCGGGCUCUUGGAGGCAAAGCAAGACUUGGCCGAGCGUUAACCUAUACCAGAUUUAAUCUGUUCAGAGGUAAACCACGUUGUGGAAGACGAAGAGUUCUUAUUGUUCUUACCAGUGGGCAAUGGAUUGACAGGGUGAAGAGACCAGCCGAGGCUCUUAAGGGAGCUGGUGUGGAGAUAUUCACGAUUGGUAUCGGCAGCAUCGGAAGGACGAGUUUACUACGAGUUACAACUGACACCAAGCAUGUAUUUGUAGUUGGGUAUACACAGCUUUUGUCCAUUGUAAGAACACUAAAGGACAGGAUUUGUUACUCACCAGGUAAGUUUACUUUGGAAAUAUACGUUGUACUGCCGUAGAAUGAUGAAAUGCUAAGAAAUUCUGAUUAAGAGUAUUUUGGUUUUAUUGACUGAGUUGAUAUUUUAAUUUAAACCCGUUGAAGAAUUUUUGCAAGCCGACCUUUCGAGCGUCAGGUCUUCGUCAGCUCCCUACGUUUGCCUGUAAACUCUUUAGGAUGGCCAAUAAACAUAAGUAACUCGGUUGAAGAAACCAAGUAAUCUUGUAAUACGCCACACUUCACCCGCUUCUGAUUAUGAGCGUUCGUUUGAGGGGGAAAUUUUUCUUUCUUAAGCAAACUAAUCCACUUCGAUUGUGUCCCCUUGCCAUUUUCAAAGAAAAGAUCAAAGUUUCACUUUGAAAUUCAAAACUCAAAGGAUCGCCUUUGGUUAUCUUUGUGCAAAAUUUGUUUGUACUUAUCUUACCCCUGUUAACUCGUGAGACUUUGUUUUUCUCAGUUAUUCGCCGAGGAGCAGUUGCAGUUUAUCAGCUCAACAGCGCCUCCAAGAACCGUGACAUCAGUGGAUACGUCAACCCGCCCGCCACAUUUGUAGGCGUUUACUACGCACGUGGCCCUGACAACCAUCCACAAGGAGCCCUUUCCUUUAGAGGAAGAAGAAACAGUUAUGUUUUGAUCCCUAAUAACGGCUGUCUGGACACUAGGUUCUCACUGACUAUUAUCAUGUGGGUGUAUCCAGAGAGCAGUGGACCAUUGUUACAUUUUAAUCCAAAAGGCUGGGGUGUUCACGUGUGGAUUAUAAGUCAGUUCAGACUUUUCGCUCGGUUUGUACCUCGCUCAGGUAAGUCUGUGACAGCCGUGUACAAGAGGAUAAAACCACGCCAGUGGAACUACAUUGCUGCGUCGUACGAUCGACGAACAGGUCUGGCCACCCUGUGGCUAGAUAGUCUUCCCAUCAUCCAACGCAAGAUUGGUAGAUUCCGUCUUGGCCUUGCUACUAACUAUCCCAUAGUGAUCGGAAGUAAACCUGGUGAUCGACGCAAGUUUCGCGGGAGAAUUGCCUGCGUACAGAUGUAUAACUAUGCUAUGAGUGCUGCACAGAUUCGAAGUAAAAAGAAGCAGUGUUUCCGUACAGGUAGGUGUAAAAGCUUAACUAACGUUGUUAGUUUGUAAUCUUUUAAACGAGAAACAAUCAUACUCUGGGGCAAAAUUAAGGAUGUUUUAAUUUUGAAAAGCAACGAUUUUUAAGUCCUUUACUAUGUUGUGAUUUAGGUUAUGAAAAUAAUCAGCCACAACAACGAAAAUAGGCAUAUUUCAUUAAUGAUUUCUUGGGUUUAAAAGAACAGAGAAUAAGAACAUUUUUUAGCGAUAGCACUAUUAAAUACAAACUCAUCAAAAUUUGGAAGUCUAGAAGCGUCUAAACAGUGGAUCGUACUUGGACUCCAAUCUGAAUGCUUGAGGCAUUCGAUGCGUUAUAUUUCCCAGAUCGUUAAUGAUCUCGUCAUUUGGCCUUCAGUGGACCAGCACGUUUAACAUCAGUUUGCUUUGUUAGACCGGUGCAAAAUGACUCGAAAAAUAUACGGUCAUUGGGUUAGAUCUCAGGGGAAUGUUACUCGUUCACAACUUAUCUUCCGACAGGCCUUUUUGAUAUAUUAUUAUUUUCGUUAGUGUCUGGUCGCUAAUGUUAAUCUGUUUGUUUGUUCUUUAAAGUUGUGACCCCAUCGCCGACUAUUCCAAUUAAAAAGCCAACACCAACAAAACCACCAGGUAAGCAAUUGACCUCUCAUCUCUCUGGCUUAUUAACGAUUAAAAGUGAUCAAGAUGCCCAAAUCGCAAAGGGUUCUCAUCAUUUGGCCUUGAGUGAGACAGCGCGUUUUCAAACCACUUUCUUUUCUUUCUAGUAUGUCGCUUGAAAGUCGAUCUUGGGUUCCUGGUAGACGGCUCUGGAAGCAUAGAGAACCGAGGCAAAGGAAAUUUCAUGCACAUUCUCGAUUUUAUCAAGACUCUGAUCAGUUUCUUCCCUAUCUCUGCGGGCCAGACCCGGGUGGGUAUGGUAGUGUUCUCCACUCGGCCACACCCGAUCUUCCGUUUUAACCGAUAUUACACCCUGCCAAGCGUUAUCAAGGCAGUUGAUCGUGUGAGAUAUCCAUAUGGAGGAACAAAGCUGGGAAGAGCCCUUGCAUACGUUUCAAGGUACGUGUGUGAAGCUGUUGAGUACAAGUAAUGGAUAGAUCUCUGAAGGAUAUUUAUUCUUAACGAUGCUUCUGUAUGCAUCGACUUAUUUUUAAGAUUCUCGACGAUUUAGUCUAAAAGUUAUCACCUUAAACUCUGCUUGCCCAUUACUGGGAUCACUGUGUUGUGCUCUGUGGCAAGAUACUCGCCUCUCACAGAUCCUCAUUCCUCCCAAGAUAGAGUACAUAAUUAUGCACACUUAAGGAACGGGACGCGUUAUUUUCGAGUACGAUCGCGACUGCUCCCGAACGACUUUAUUCUUGAGAUAACCGCCCAGUCCGAUAAGCGGAAGACCGGAGGAUUUCAUAAAUGAGAAAACUAAACGAAUUACACUUGUGAUCAAACGAAAACAUGGCGGCUCUGAAAGGAAGAAACGGUUGUUAAGAAGCAUGAGCGGUCACAAUGCAAAUUGCUGACAUCGGCUCGCUUUACUUAACGGUGCCGCUGUAAUAGCAACCACAUCCAGAACUCUUAGCCGCUUCAUGCCAAAGAAACCAAGAUUUAGCUUCAGAUGUAGCAGGAAACUUGAAAAAUUAGUUUAAACCAAGUAAUAUAAAGCAACCAAGAAUUAAUUUUUCCUUAUAAAGGUGUACUUAAUCAAACGCAGAAUUCGCGAGAAAAAAGAAAAUGAUCUUCGAACGACAAAAGACCUUGAUCCUGUAAAGAAAUUUUCCUAACCUGUAUCGUUUUAAUAGCGGAGCUCGCAGAGCGUAGCCCCAUAAUUAUACAAAAGAGUAGCAACCCAUCAAGCGGAAAAAAUCUGGAUGUACGACCGUACUACCGCACACGAUGCCACUUUUAACAUGCGUGGUCAACUGUACCGCGGGCACGUCAACGCCACGGCUUUGUUCAGUAGUCCAGUGGUCAGAGCAGUGGGCUCCGAGUCAAAAGACCCGGGUUCUAGUCCUGGCCGGGGCAAGGCGUUGUGCCCUUGAGACGUGCGGGAAAAAAAAUGCAAGCACUGACCGCUUUUAGGCUUAGCUAAAUCUAUAUAGUAGGGAGAAAAAUGUUUAGAAUAUGUAUGCUGAUAAUUCUUUGGUCUUUGUCCCGUCCAGGUACUUAUUUCCGCGAGGAAGGUCAAAAGGCAGAAAGCCAGUUCUUGUUAUCUUGACAGACGGGAUUUCGCAAGAUAAUGUAAUAGGUCCCGCCGAGAGAUUGAAACGGAAAGGAGUGGAAAUCUUUUCUUUGGGGAUUGGUCACAAGUUUAGAAGGCUUCAGCUGCAACAAAUGGCUUCCAGUCCACUGCAUGUGUUCACGGCUGGGUUCAGGAGACUAAGCACUGUUCUUGGUGUAAUUAAAAACAAGGCUUGCACACCAUAUGUACCGCGUAAGUGAUCUAAUUGUAUUUUACUCACUGUAUGCAUACAGGGGCCAUAACAUCCAUACGAAGGCUCUAACAUGUAUACAGGGGCAAAACAUGCCUUUAGGGGCAGUAAUAUGUCUACAGGGGCAAUUACACGCAUACAGGGGCAAUAACAUGCCUAUAGGGCCAAUGAUAUGUCUAUAGGGGCAAUUACAUGCGUAAAGGGGCAAGAACAUGCAUCAGGGGCAAUAAAUGUAUGAACCUUUGUAAUCUUUAACGAUAUUUUCGAAGUGAAUUCUGUUGCGCAUGAAGCUACUUACCUUGACAUUUUGAAGCUUUUCCUGGUGGUGAGUGAUCAAGAUGUUCGAUAUAGCUGGUUGAAAAAUUGUUCUUCGAUCAUAUCAACAAAUAGAGGAAGUCCAAUUUUGCUUACAAUACUGCCUUUGUGGAUUGAGGAAUGAACUAGGAAGGUAGUUUCUUCACAAAUAACUCCUUCUUGUUACAGCAUUGUAAAGAAGGGACGAUAUAUUUUUUGAAAGAAACAUGCUUUAAAGUAUAGAUAAGCCAUAUUUUAAAUUAUUUUGACUUUCUUUUCUUACUUUUGCUCCUUUUUUUAGCAAAAAAGCCUACGACACCUUCAGGUAAGUCGUUAAAUCGCUCAUCUUUGCAGAGCUGGUUGGUCAUACAAUAUCCAGUUUUUAAAAAGCAGUGAAUCGAUAUGUUUGCCUCUGCCUGGUACAACUGUGACAUCUCCUGAACAAUUAUCGGAUAGGAAAUGAAUGCCGUUCCACUUUACCUCGAAUCUAUUCCCAUUUCUCGGUCGUUCAUCUUUUAAAAGAAAAAAGUUUUGAACAUUCUUAAAUUGCAGUGAAGGUUUUCUUCAUAUCAACGUAUUUUUACGACACUAAUAUCUACCACUGUAGAUUGUGUUUGCGAUCAAUGGUUCAUACUUCAAAACUUGCGUUUUUAUUUCCCCCAGCUUGCAACCUAGCAAUUGAUAUUGGUUUUGUCCUGGACGCCUCUGAAAGAGUUGGACACAACAAUUUCAGGCGAAUAAAAAAGUUCGUAGAACUCGUUUCCCGAUCAUUUUCGAUUUCUCGGAGCCGAGCACGUGUAGGAGUCAUCGUAUACGGUUCGUCUGCUCGGAUGCAGUUCGGACUCAACUGGUACACGAAUCCACGCCGGCUGAACCGAGCUAUUAGAAGGAUGCGGUAUACCCGAGGAUCAAGACGCACUGGAAAGGCCUUACAGCUCGCAGUCGGAGCGCUUUUCAGACGCAGUCGACGGAAGAGGGUUCUGAUAACGGUGAUGAGUGGGCCGUCGUAUGAUAGCGUGAAGAUACCAAGUGUACAGAUACAUCGAGCUGGCAUUGAAGUGUUCGCUGUUGGUGUCACCACUCGAGUGAGGAACCAGGAGCUUAGGGCAAUAGCCACUGAUUCUCGUCAUAUUUACAUGGUUAAUUUUAAUUCACUUUAUGGCAUCGUCAAAAGCAUAGUCAGGAAAGCGUGCAGAGGUAUUUUCAAAAAUUUUUUUUUUCUGUCUACAGAAAUAUUAUUAUAAUCAAACUUUCCUACUUUGUGAAAAUAUUGAAACUAUACUCGGAGUAUUAACAGCAUUUUAUUACUUGUCCAGCUCAAAUAACUACGCGGCCGACCAUACGACCAUCUACCCCGUCUCCAUCAAGAAAACCAAGUAAGUCUACAAAGAAAAUCGAUGAGCGAUAAUAAAUGAGUAUUAUUAUUUAUCACGAACGCAGAGUUCCGGCCAUUUGUCAGACUUCGCUUCAUAUCAUAUACAGUACCAUCCUUUCUGCUUGCUUAAUAGUAUUCGAUAAAGAGCACUUUUCUAUUAAUUGUUAAAAGAACUCCGGGAUAGUAUCUGUUGUUCUCCACUAUGCGCUGUUGUCAAGGAAGUGAAAUUCGCACCGUGUGUAUGUAAUGCCUGCGCCUUCUCGCUCUUUGCUGAUUGGGCGAAGUGAUUACAUUUGUUUUGAUCUUCUCAGCGUUCUGUAGAAAAGCCGGAUCGAUCAAGAUCCGACUUUGCAUGUCUGUUUUUUGGGUUCUGUUUACUCACUAGUUUCUUUUCAUACCAGGCUUCCCUCAACCCGUUGCUGUCUACACACUGGACAGCAAAACUGGUGCACGUGAUAUCAGCCCAGGAAGAAACAUUCCAGGCAAAAGCUACAACAUUAGAUACGCCCCAGGCCCUUACGGUCAACCUGGCGAGUCAACGGAAUUCUUUGGUCGUCGCAACAGCUACAUCCGUUUCCCCAACUCGGGAAAAUUGGAUGUUAAGGACUCUAUAACACUUCUCGCUUGGAUAUUUCCUAUAGGUCGUGGUCCAAUUUUUGAAUACUUCCGUGGGAUAAGGUUCUGGGUGGUCCGGUCGGACACGUUAUAUGUUCAGUUCAAACGGAGGAACGGGCGACCUACGCGGGCUUUGAUUAAACGGCGUCUUUACCCACGCCGCUGGAAUUACGUCGGUUGUACGUAUAAUCAGCGAACAGGCAUAGCUACGCUAUGGGUGGAUUCAAGACCUGUACUAACGCAGAAUAUCAAGCGCAUUAGAUUAGCGACAAAGACAACCGCGUAUAUGGGUGGAACAUUCCGCGGGCGCAUAGCUUGUAUGCAAGUUUACUCUGAGGCACUGACUGGACCUCAGAUUAAAAAAGUCAAGAACCUUUGCAAUAAACCAGGUGAGCUUUAGUACUGAGGUCUUUGAUAAAGAGACUUUUUCUACUGCAAAGUUGAAGAUAUCGGCAUUGUUAGUUCCAGGUACGAACCAACUAUUCUUUUCGCACCUUAAAAAACCAUGAAAUAUCUGAUGGAACGAUAUUAAGAAACUUUUUCGUUUGUCUCUUUGAAAAUGGUGUUAAAAGGCUUAACUUCAGUUCAACAAGUAAUAAUUGGUUUUGGAUCAUAAAGUUAAAAUUUGAUGUUUUUUACAUCUAUUUUAACAUUUUUCUUACAUUCUAUUACACUCAUUACUUACCACUUAUUUACAGGUCCUCCAACUAAACCCAUAAAGCCACCUACAGGUAAACGCCUGAUUUUUUUUGGUACACCUCGAUUAUACUUGAUGAUUUAAUUUUCUGAUGAGUCUUGCCUUCAAUUCACCCACUGUCUCGUUUAUAUGGUAGCGAAACCUGGAUCAUCUCACAAAAUCAUUUUUGUUGUUGUUGUUUCUCUUACUUUUAGCUUUACCUCCAGCCAUUGCUUUCUAUCCCUUAAACGUUCGAUAUAACACCCGUGACGUCAGCAGAAGUAAAAACCCAUCAGGGCGCAUGGCAAAUGUGCGCCCUGGCGUAGGACCAGACGGAAGGCCAGGUGGCUCAUUUAGGUUCAAAGGUCGCUCUGACAGUUACAUCGAGUUCCCGAACAAAGGCCGAUUAGACGCUCGGAAUUCAAUCUCUAUUCUGGCUUGGAUAAAUCCGGAUGGCCCUGUAGGACCGAUCUUUAAUUACAAACCGGAUGGGUUUGGCGUCCACUUGUGGAUGGUGCGUCGACGAGUGUUACUUGUUCGUUUCGUGACUCGUACACGAAAGUUUACAGCUGCCGUGCAAACCAACCUUAUCAAGCCCAAGGCCUGGAAUUUCGUCACUGCUACUUAUAAUCAGCGGACGGGAUAUGCCCGAUUAUAUAUCGAUUACAGAGAAGUUGCCCGGAAACGAAUCGGUAGGAUUCGACUGGCUACAAACUAUCCUGCUAGAAUGGGUGCGCGGAUUGGAGAUAAACGGUAUUUCCGUGGACGAAUUACAUGUUUGCAGAUCUAUGACGUACCACUGCGACCAAUACAGAUCCAAUUGGCCAAGAGGCUUUGUUUGAAGACAAGUAAGGAUAACGAGCUCAGAGUUGUGUAUAAAAGUGAUACUUAUACUAAACUAAUUUGAUAUUGAAUAAAGGCGACACUUCUAUCGUGCUUCCAGCUACUUUGAGCAUGGCUUUAGUACCGUUUAGUUAAAGGAAGUCCAUGGAAUAUUUGAUCGUUAAGCAGUUUCUUGCUUUAAGGUGUAAACUAUCGGUAGGUAGGCAUUACAACAUAUUCAUAACGUUUGAUUAAUUGUAAAUGUAUUCUUCUGUUUACAGAAGUUUUCACACCUACUCCAACACCCACACCAACACCUACCAAACCGGGUCCGCCAAGACGUAAGUACUCGAAACCUUAAUCAAUUCUAGUUGGUCAUCUUAGGAAAAUAUUCCUAUUCAGUUUUGCAUUUUGCCAUUGCCCCAGGGGUUUCAGUAGUUUCUUGCUGAAACCCCUACAUAACACUACUUCUGAAUUAUGCGACUGUUGUACCUAUCUCCAGUAGACUGGGACGGCUUAUUCUUAUUAUCUUAGUAUUGGUUUAAACUUAGGUCACGGUAAGUUUUAAAGAUUAUUUAGGUAAUUCAGCUAUGGAGCUAAAUUGAUUGUUCCACUUCACCCGCAAAGAAGUAGCCACGAUCUCCACUUGUGCAACGCACAAUUAUUAUAUGAACCAUAACAAAGAUUACCCUUAGUUUCAAAAUUUUCAAUGUGGGGCAACCAAAGUUUCAUUAGUAACAAAAGUUCUUUUUUUUUCUUUUGAAAUCUGACACGUUCUCAACAAGGUUUACGACAAAGGGGGAUUGAAGAUUUCAAAGCAAGGGAGAGGGAGAGCCAUAGUAUAAGUUUUCUUUAGGAAUUAAGUUGUCUUACACGCAGCAUGACAGAUAUACACAUGAUUUUUAAAAUUAUGUUCUUUCUUGCAGCUUGCAGAGCAAACAUGGAUCUAGGAUUCCUUAUAGACAGCUCUUACUCCUUGCGUCGAUCAGGCAGAGGAAUUUUCCGACUUCUUACCCGGAACAUAGCGCGACUUCUCUACUCGCUGCGAAUUUCAACCAAAGAAACCCGCGUCGGUAUAGUCACAUACGCAUCAAAACCCAAGCCUUUGUUCCGAUUCAACCGCUUCUUUAGGGCGUCUUCCAUGCUUUCAGUCAUAAGAAGGAUUCGACCACAAAGAGGUCCUCUCAGGAUAGGAAGAGCUCUCUACUAUACCCGUAGGUACUUGUUUAGAAGAAGAAGGCAAUGUGGACGGAAGCGUGUGCUCGUGGUAUUUGCAAGUGCCCGCUCAGUAGACCGUGUACAGCGGGCGGGACGCGUUUUAAAACGUAUUGGAAUUGAAGUAUUUGUCGUCGCUAUUGGUAGAAGGACAAGCAAAACACAGUUAUACCAGAUCGCUACAAAUGGACUCCAUGUGUUUACAGCUUCGUUGAGGACAUUAUCAGCGGUGCUGAAUGCUGUACGAGUCAAAGCAUGUUCAGGUAUUCCAUAAUUCUAUGCGAUGGAAUUUGAAAAUUUAUAUCAUUGCCGUCCCAAAUUUCAUUCUCAUAUCCUCGUCACUGUUUAGUUUUAUCAAACACAAUUUCUGCUACUCAUUCUUUGAGUUGAGCUUUCGUGUAAAAGUUAAAUAUUAAGGGACAGGAAGGCGUAAAAGAUUCUGAAAAGGGGUUCUUCAGCCCGUCGGGAACCAGCUUUGCGGUCUCCAAUAGUACCCUGAUUGAAUGAAAGACAGUAGACAGACGUGAUUUUUGAGAAAGUGACCAUUAGAUUAAAAAGACAAGAGAAAAGGCAUCCGAAUUUUUUUACUACGUUUUCUCUAUUGCAGUAACUGGAUCGGCAGCUGCCAGAGUUAUAUACCCUCUUAAUGGCGUCACUCGAGGAAGAGACAUAAGUAUCAACCGCAACAGAGCUGCUAGACUUGUCAACGUUAAACCGGCUCCAGGACCUGACGGCCUCCCAUUGGGUUCGUACUAUCUUCAAGGCAUCGCAAACAGCUACAUCCUGUUCCCAAACAAGGGUUGCCUGGAUACAAAGAACUCCCUUACCAUCGUUGUGUGGGUCUACCCCGAAGGUAGCGGACCAAUCUUCCACUAUUUUCCUCGCGGAUGGGGAGUGCAUCUGUGGAUGAAAAAUCCUCGCACUCUCCUGGUGAAGUUCGUGCCGAGGUCCCUGCAGACCAUCAGCGUUGUCACAAGCCGGAGAAUCAAACCAAAGACUUGGAAUUACAUAGCUGCAACUUAUGACUACGUCACGGGUCUGGCCACUCUAUGGAAUGACGCCAUACCGAUAUCACAGAGAAACAUCGGGAAGAUUCAGUUGGCUACCAACUACCCGGCAAUAUCUGGGAAGAAGCCCCGGGACAGAAGGAUCUUCCGAGGGCGGAUCGCUUGUCUCCAGAUUUACGAUCGAGCACUGACCGGAAGACAGCUUAGGAGAAUCAAAAAGAAAUGUUUCAGAGGUUUGCCUUGCUAAUAAUUUCUGAAAGUAUUGAAUUUGAAUUUGGUUUUUGAUUUUCAUCAAUAACAUUUUUAUCUUUUUUUUUUUUCUUAUCUUAGCCCGACCUACACCAACUCGACCACCUCCAGGUGAGAGAAAGAUAUUUCAAUUCCUCCUUGACUGCACCUAUCACUGAGCAGGGCUUCUUAAAAGUCUGAAAUUCUUAAAGAAAGUAAUGGUCUUAAAAAAAAAUGUCAAGGAAUAAAGUCAAGGUAGCAUAGGCUGUCCGCAAGGUUUAGCUAUGGCUAUUAGAAGUAAAAUAACCUAACACCUCAACAAAAUACAGGGAUAACUGACGCGUUACCUUCACCAUGCGGUCGUUUUGUCCCAUCCCAACCCCCUCCAUGUUGUUUUCAACCUCUUUGAUCAUUUUCUUCGCUGUCAACAUUAUUUGUUUUUUGGAUGGGGAGUUUAGACACUCCUGUUAGAAAUAAGAAGCAAUAUCUUCUGCGGGAAUUAUUUCUUUAAGAGUUUUGGGCCAAAUUUGUAAAUUUCUUCCCGUAGAAGUAACAUUGGCAUCUUUUCAUUUUUUUCUAUAGAACUUCCUCUAUUGGUGGCUGUUUAUCCACUGGAUAGAAUCAAUGGCGCUCGUGACAUUAGCCCACGUAAAUGCCCCACUGGAAGACGCGUUGGCGUAAGAAUCGCCCCAGGCCCAGACGGAAGGAAAGACGGAGCUACUGAAUUCCUUGGCAACCGUAACAGUUACAUUGAAAUCCCAAAUAACAAUGGAAAACUCGACACGGUGGCGUCAAUCUCCAUUUUGACGUGGAUUUACCACGAAGGUCUAAAAGGUCCCAUAGUCAACUACAGGGCAGGUCCCGGAUGGGGCGUGCACCUGUGGAUGAUUGGACCACGCACGCUUUUUGCGCGGUUCGUCCGCAGAGAUGGCGUAUUUACUAAGGCGGUAGUCGUCACCAGCAGAAAAAUACGUUACAGGGCAUGGAAUUACGUUGGUGCUACAUACGACUUCAAGACUGGAGUUGCUAAACUCUGGGUUAAUUCCAGGUUACUUGUUGUUAAGAGUAUCGGACGAUUCCGAUUGGCAACAAACUAUCCAAUCAGGCUUGGAACACGACAUGGCGACAAACGCUACUUUAAGGGAAGAAUCUUCUGCGUGCAGAUCUAUAGUCGCGCGCUGAACCGGAAACAAAUUUUAGCGGCUAGUAAAACCUGCUUCAGGCCCUGUAAGUGAUCCUAAAAGUAAUUAAUCUUUAUCUGUAAAAGUCAGUUGCCUUAACCUUUCUUAUCGCAUGUGUUGUAUAAGCUAAAUAUGAGCACUAUAAACCAAUGUUUUUCAGGGUACAAUAUCCCAUCCAUUUUCUAAAAUUUGGUGUCUUUCAUCUCCCUAGACUUAAUGUUCGCACUCAAAGACAAGUAUAAAUUUCCGAGGGGGUCGUAGCAAAAUUUCCCAAUAGGGAUUAGCACACUGGGCAAUGCACCUCAUUUCAAUUACAGACUGAUCAAUUCAGACAUCUCAGCACAAUUUGACUGUAAUAACACUCCUAAAAUGUGGUCUUAGGAUCAAUGUGCCUGCAGAGUAACGUGGAAACAAAACAUAUCUUAACUCUGGUGUUUUCCUGUGCUUUCCUCUGCUUACUUGUCUCCGCUAUAUCUCUUUUGCCUAAGAGUUGAUUAUUUAGUUAACUAGUCUCAUUUGCGUAUGUCUUUUCCAAGUGCCCACAACCAAACCCAAGCCACCAACGCCGACACAUCCAAUAUCAACACCAACACCAACAAAACCUAAAGGUAAGGGUUACAUGUAUACAAUAUAACAUGAUCAUCGUUCAAAACACAGUGACAUGUCCAUGACUAGGAAGCCGACACGAACCUUGAAUGCCGCAAAACUCUAGAACAAAAAUUUAUCUUUCAAAUCGGUACUCUUAAUCCCCACGGUAUCAACGAGCCCAUAUUAUUCAACUUAUUUAUUCUUUUUUUUCUCGUCACUGUAUUCCUACCAAUAGCGUAGCUCCAUUUUUUGCAUAUAAACACACACACAACCCACAAUUCCUCCAAUUGCUCUGACGAGGGGCUAACGCUCGAAAUGUCAGCUGCGAAACUCUUUAUGGUGGCCAAUUUACGUUAUCAACUCAGUUGAUAAUACUAGAUUAUCGAAUCUCUAAUCAAUCUUCAAACAAUUGAAAAAGGCCUGAGAAUGUUCAGAGGAGCGAACCUUUUACUCUUCUUUUAGAAUUUGCGUCUUCCAAAGAGUUGCCUAGGAUACAAUAACAUCAAGAAGUGCGGAGUAAAUGUCGCUUUGCUUUUGCGCGUCUUGUAAGAAGUCGUUACUUUGUUCAGUCUGAUACUUAUUGAACCUGAGCGUUAUAAAUGUUUUGUUCUCAUUUUUCUUUCUUCAAGGACCAUUUAAAGCCUCAGCAUUCUACCCUCUAACCUCGCGUACCAGAGGUCGUGACAUCAGUGUGUUCGGCAACCCACCAGGAAAGCUUGGCUACGUACAAUCAGCACCAGGCCCCGACAAAUUACCUGGAGGUUCAUACCAGUUUUUUGGACGCCGUGACAGCUACAUACAGUUCCCAAACAGAGGGAAAUUGGACACGAGACGAUCAAGCACAAUCAUCGCAUGGAUCUACCACGAGGGACGUGCGGGCCCGAUCUUCAACUACAUGCCAAAUGGUUGGGGAGUGCAUUUGUGGAUGGUGUCACCGCGAACGCUUUUUGUACGUUAUACGCGUCGACAAGGAAGAAAAUCCACGACUGCUCUUGCUAGUCCUCGUAUUAAACCUCGCACAUGGCAGUACAUUGCAGCCACAUACGACCACUAUACGGGCUAUGCAAAGUUGUAUUUAGACAGUAAAGUAAUAGCGCAAAGGAGAUUGGGCCGAAUUCGUCUAGCGACAAAUUAUCCUGUGAGGAUGGGUGCCAGGAUAGGAGAUGGGCGGUAUUUCCGAGGGCGCAUAUCUUGUGUAAUGGUUUUUGAUGUGGCAUUGAACCCCAAUCAGAUUGCACGCAGGAAGAAGCGCUGCUUUAGACGUAAGUUGCUUAAUUGUUGGUUUGUUUAAUUUGUUUCUUUGUCCCUCUGUGUAUCCUUCUGCUAUUGUUUGUGCACCUACUUGUCAGUGUGUCGUUAUGUCUGUCCGUGUUUGUAUUUACUGUCUAGUUGUCCGUGUGUCUCUCCAUUCGUCAGUCUAUUGUUUAUGCAUCUAUUUUUCAGUCCGUAUGUCUGCCUUUAUCUACCUUACUGUCUGCCUUUGUCGGCCUUUUUGUCGGGUUGUUUGUGUGUCUGUCUGUCUGGUAGGCUGAGUUUCAUGUUUGCCUUUGCUGAAGCCAUCGCGAAUGAAUGGAGUUCUAAAUUUUCAAAUGUCUAUUCUCUUUCUCAGUUAGAUUUUUUCUAGAUAGUCCAGCGUUCAACUCUUUCGGUGGCUUUUUUUAAGUAGUCCUCUGGUACUCAUUCCAGAAGCUGGGAUCUUUGACGAUUCACGUUUCAUUGAGUUAUUCUAUACCUUUAUUUAUUUAAAAUGUCCCAACUUAAACAAUUAAACCAAAGAUGCUAACUAGAGUGACAAAUCAGCAUUGUUGUUUAAACAUUUUACCCCUUUCUUCCCAAAAGAUAAUAUGAUCUUGAAGCAAACUCGCUACUUAGCGAGCUUUUAAGAGCUCCUUAUGUGGCGUAGGUAUACAAAUCCAUAUACCAUUCCAUCUGACCGUACCGUCCGUCCGUCGGUCAUUCUAUCUAUCUGUCCAUCUGGUUGUUUUUAAUUUCUCUGGCUUUCUAUCUGUCUGUGUUGCAGUCUCUCCCAAAGUUUUUACCCAUGCGUUUUAAAAGUGUACCUCAAAUUUAUUCCAUACCUUUCAGUGUUAUAAAUUCUUUAUAGAAAACUUGCAUGAUUCCCAAAUCAUGUUUAUUUUUCUCCCACAGGUGGACCGCCAGGACCAUCCGGAAAAGGUCAGACAAUUAAUAUAUUCUUGCUUAUUGACAGCCACUGAUGGUACUCUUUUAUACCGUUUUGCUGGAAUCCCCUUCGUGAUAUAAGUAAUGUUUAGUUCUUAUCUUACACAUCUGGUCAAAUAGCCCGUUUCACUGAUAAAAUCGAAGAAUUAACACCAAAGUGUACAAAAGUGAACCAUUGGACUAAAGAAACUCUGUUAUCAUAAUUUACAAUUGAUCGUGUAGUUUAAUCGUCCGUCAUCAUCAGAGUCAAGAGGAGAGUUUUUUCAGUCGAUUGUUAUAAUUCUGGUUCGUGUAUUAAAACUGAUUGGUCAGUUUAGCCGUGAUGUUAUUUUCAACGAGACUCAAAUGGCGUAAGUCGGUUGUUAUUGGUCAGACUGGUUAAGUUACAUUGCUGACUUUUGACCAACCUUCACUUAAUCUAAAGUAUAUUGCUCAAAGCUAAUUUAAAAUAUUCUUUGUAAUGACGUGUGUUUUUUAUUCCCCUUUUUUCUCAGUUUGUAAACCCAAGAUCGACCUCACCUUUGUCAUAGACGCUUGUACGGAAAACGACCGCUUUACCAAAGCUAACUUCCUCCGUCUGAAGACCUUCCUGAUUCGUGUCAUUAGCGAGCUGCGUAUCUCCGCUAAACGAGUACGAAUCAGCUUGAUUACGUACGCGAAGUUUCCCAAACUCUUAAUCAGUUUCAGCGCCAAAAAGUCCUACGUCAUCAGAGUCAUCAAAAACAUGAAACGUGUAUGCGGAGCGCGUUAUACAGGGGCUGCCUUGCAGUACUCAUACAGGAACAUCAUAAGCCGGACCUCAAGGAGAAAGGUCCUGGUUUUGACGAGCACUGGCCCGUCCAGAGAUGAUAUCCGGGGUGCAACAGCUUUGAUUCAAAGGUCAAGAGUAGAAGUAUUUGCUGUGGGUAUAGGAAGGCGUUACAACUUUAGGGAGCUGCAGUACAUUGCUACUGAUCGUCGACAUGUCUAUACAGCAGCGUAUAGGAAUAUUGAGUCUUUGGUUACACUCAUGAAAAAGAAGGUCUGCAAGUCAGGUUAGUAGCUCCUUGCAGUUUUUCCUAAUUUUUUACCUUCCUCGCCCCAUUUUUUCGUUGGUUUCAAUCAGUCCAACAACGGCUUAUUAUUAUUUCACCUUAGUUUCGGUGAUGAAGAAUUCUGUUCUGCGUUGUAGCGUUCAAUUUUGUAGAGCUAGGAUGCAUCUUUUUUCGUCUACUUCUGUCGAUCUUGGUAUCUGUUCCUGGCGUCUAUUUUAUUUUGUCGUUUUGAUAUGCGAUUCCGUUCCUCGAAAAAAAAAUGUCAAACUAUGAAGGAUAACAGACUGCGACUUGUUUGAGUCUAGAUAAUAUAUAAAUAUAACUUAAACUUUGUUCGGCUUAAAACGUGUUUACAUUAACUUUAGAUAAAUUCGUGACACCUGUCAAACCAGUUAUACCCAGGCCACCAACACGUCCACCAACUCGUCGACCUCCGAAGCCCGGUAAGUGUUUCUAUAGCUUGUCUCCAAAGACUCUGUUUUACAAGUCACAAUUUUUCCAUGAACUUAUGUUUUCAGUGCAUCCUGCUGCUGUGCGAUACCUCACCUAUUUUGCUACCGUCAAUUUUAAAUUGAUUGAUAGGUUAUAAUUGAAUAAACCAAUAAUUGAAUCGAUUAUCAUCUAAAAUAGAUCAUCACAGUGCCAGAAGCGUAAUAGCAUACCACAAUUUAUGAGAGUCUGUUCUACAAGAUUUUAAAAAACUGAAAACGUGAUACGUUCACUGGCAGCAUUUUUGUUUGCGGUUCCUUGCCAGAUUUGCAUUAAGAUAAUCAGGCACACAUUCCUUUAUAGAAUUAAGUUUAAGGCUCAAUAAUUCUUAAAAUGAAUCACCAUUGUUUUUAAAAAUCUAAGUCAGUGAAUCUAGCAUAUUACUACGUAGGGAUGGGUUGAUAUUUGACUCCAAUCAGCCGUUGUCUUUUUAUAUGUUCCUUAGGACCUGCGCGUGCUUUAGCAAUUUAUCCUCUUCAGUACCGAAUCAAAGGAAAAGACGUUGGUCUGUUCGGAAACCCACCGGGCAUUCUUGGCUUUGUGAGGCCUGCGGUCGGACCUGAUGGAAAACCCGGUACAUCAUACCAGUUUUACGGUCGGAGAAACAGCUUGAUCCGAUUCCCAAAUCGCGGUCGUUUAGACGCACAGAAGGCAAUAACGUUACUUGCUUGGCUUUACCCAGAGGGCCCUGGACCGAUCUUCAAAUACGGCGUCGAUUUCUCUGUCGGUAGAGCGCGUAGUUUGUUUAUACGAAUUUUCCCGCGUGGAUCACGGAACAGCAGAAUUCGCCCACUGAGGGCGCGCGGAGUAUUGCGAUACCGAAGAUGGCACUUUGUAGCCGCCUCUUAUGAACAGAAAACGGGUGAAACAAGGAUUUAUGUGAAUGGAAGACUCGUUUCUCGCACACGGCUCAGAAGAGUUCGUCUUGGUACUAACAUUCCUGCAAUCAUGGGAGCUGCAAGAAGCAGAUACUUCCGUGGGAGAAUCUCCUGUAUGCAAGUUUAUGGACGGGUUCUGUCCAGGUGGCAGAUCAUCAAGCGAAAGACAAAAUGCUUUAAAGGUAAGCGACACUUUGUAACUGUCUGUUGUUUUACACUCGUAAAACACGCGCUUCGGGGAGGAAUAUGAACAAUAGCUGGCAUACAACGAGUAGCACGCUCUACCUCUUUUUGAAUAAAUACCAUAGCUUUCAUUUGUCUCCCCCUCCCCCCCUCCCAAUUCUUUUCAAUGUUGCCUAUACUAGGAGCAGUCGACGAGGUCUGUCUUGUGAGUCAAAAAUUAAAAAAAGUGAAAAAAGAUUGAUAUUUUCACGUCACGGGGAGCUUUCGGAGGGAAAUUGAUGGGCCUCGCUCAUGGAGCCAAUUUAAUACAACAUUGUCAGAGAGGGAGAAGGGAACCUUCGAGUAACUUAUCUCAUUUCUGUUUUAUAUAUUCAAUGGAGGGUUGUCGACCACCUUCUAAUUAGAGACUUGCCAACUCCUUUUGCCUCUCAUUGUUCAAACAAGAAUCACAGUAACUGAAAACGCCAAAAAAAAAAGGUCACUGUCAAUGAGAUCUGAAAGUACAUUUGCGAAAACAACCUCAACCUUUAGGGCCUCUGUCGCAGCUGCUUUUAGUUUGAAUCUCACUGGCUGAGGAGGUGAUGCGUUGUCUCGAAACUAAUCACAUAGCAGGGUGAAGUAAAACCAAUACAACCCUAGAUAACUUCCGACAGUCAAUUAAAAAUGGCCUUUUUUGUGACCAAACGAUUUUGUUUAUUGCAUUUUAGGAGUGCAUCCACUUCCCGCACGACCAACACCGGUUCGCCCUACACGUCCUCGUAAGCCCCCAGUUCGUCCAGGUAAGGAAAACAAGGAUAAAAAUAAAAAGUGGGUAAUAUCAGAAGUAAAUGUUGUCAUUAGUCUUUCUACCCUUAAACACUUUAGACUAAAAGUUAUUACAGAGGAAAAUGGCACUUCAUUUAACCGGGUGGAAUUGCAACGAAAGCGCUCCAUAUGAGCCUCAUAUUAAAUGACAAGAAUCAUAGCAGCCUUGUUAAAAAAAAUAACAUUCUCCUAAGCGAAAGCAACUUAAGAUCAAUGAGCCAUGGUUUCCAUCUUAACGAAUUCAUAUAUUACAAAUAAACAUUAUGAUACGACAAAAAAAAAAUUGGUGUUGCUAACUCUCCAGUUGUUUGCUUUGGUUUUGUAGAUAUAUUUAAGUUUAAACUUUGUUAUCAUCGUAAAUGCUGAAAUACACUAGCUGUUUUCUGUACCGAUCCAAUAAGUUAAGCAUUUUUUAGCAUUUUUCCAUAAAUCAGGAUUUCUGAAAGAGGCACGUGUCACCCUUUUGGUUUACGUUUUCAGUUGUCAACCCGAGAGCUCAGGCUGUAUACCCGCUCAGUUUGCGUACGCGCGGUCGUGACCUCAGUUUGUAUCGUAAUCCCGCGGGAAGCGUUCGAAGCGUCAGGUACAUAACAGGCCCGGACGGAAGACCCAACACAGCGACGCGAUUUCUCGGACACCAAAACAGCUUCAUCGAGUUCCCUAACCGCGGUAAACUCGACACUAAGCGGUCCAUUACUUUACUGGCAUGGAUUUACCACGAAGGACGUGCAGGACCAAUAUUCAACUACAUGCCGAACGGCUGGGGCGUGCACUUUUGGAUGGUUUCACCGACGACGCUGUUUGUACGGUUUACGCGUCGUAAAGGAAGGCGAUUUACCGCGGCGGUUACAACCAGAGUCCUAAAUCGUCGAUGGCAGUUUGUUGGUGCAACUUACGAUGGCACAACUGGCGUUGCUAAGCUAUUUGUGAACAGGCGGUUUACUGCAAGUAGGCGCAUUGGAAAGAUUAGACUGGCCACGAACUAUCCUGUACGGAUGGGAGCUCGCGCUGGUGAUAGGCGUUACCUCUUCGGUCGUAUUUCCUGCAUGCAGGUGUAUGAUCAGCCCUUAUCAGCAUCACAAAUUUUACGUCGGAAAAAGAGAUGCUUCACUCGAGGUAAAUUGCAGUGAUUGAUGUAUAAAUUGGAAGAUUAACGUCGUUGCAGUUAUUUGUUCGCGAUAGAGAAAAUGUAUUUCGUGACUGCCAUGUAUGGAUCUGGUCACGGAGCUGUUUAGAGUGAUCCAACAUUUCCCUUUCUGUAGAUCUUUAGCGCAACAUUCAAAGUAAAACGAACUAAAUGCUCUAGUAGAAUUCACUGAGUGCACUGGAAUUAAUAUGGAUCGAUGGCUUUUUACAAACCCUUACUUUUUAUCUUAUUGCUAUCGUUUCAGGUCCUAUUAUCGUUCCACCGAUCAUUCGUCCAGCUGGACCAGGUAUUUAUCACGUGUUUUCUUACAAUGCUUAACUGCUUUCCUCGCAAGAGCUGGUUUGAGCAAGGUCUCACCCAUCGUAUCCAUGAGAAAGAAUUUCUUCUUCGAAAUUGAUUUAUUCCAUAUGGCAUAAAUAUUUCGACAUUCUGACGUACUCUGCUUUGAAACACAACGAGCUCUUAAAGUCUUCAACUAAAAAAAAAAGCUCGUAUCCGAUAAGUGUUAUAAGGACGAUUGUGUUACCUUACAAGGGAUCCAAAAACUUAAGCUUUCUACGAUUAUUAUUGUUUUUUAUCAUUAUUAUCAUUUUGAUAACCAACCUUGCGUAGAUGUAGUGCGUUUUAUGCAUUCUUAACAGUCGUGAUUUAUUCUUGCAGGUUUUUAGUCAGUUUUUUCUCUCUUUAUGAAGAGGUGAAUUUCUUAAGAAACUGUGGUGCUGCGUCGGUGGGAGAAUAUAACAGGGUAAUUCAGUGUUAUCAACUGAGUUGAUAAUGUAAAUUGGCCACCGUCAGAACGAUGGACGAAGGGCUAACGCUCGAAACGUCAGCCUUUCCACUCUUCAAGAUGGCCAAUUUACAUUAUCAACUGAGUUGAUAAUACUAAAUUACCCUGUUAUACUCUCCCACCGACGCACCACUACAGUGGCUUUAGAAACUAACCCCCUUUAUUCAUUUUUUUCUCUUUAGUUUGCGUAGCCAAGAUUGAUUUAGGUUUCGUCAUCGACGCCUCCGGAAGCAUCGAAGCCUCGGGCAGAGGGAACUUCAAACGUUGUCUUAAUUUCAUCAAGAGAUUAGUGGCUUCGUUUAAAAUCUCAAGGCGUUACACUCGCGUUGGAGCUGUUGUUUAUUCGAGAAGGGUUCGUAAAGUGUUUGGUUUUAACACAUACAACAACAAAAGAUAUCUCAUGAAAGCUAUUGACCGUAUUCCAUACCUCCGAAGCAUCACCAGGACGGGCUACGCUUUGUCAUUUGCCCGGCGUAACCUGUUUAAUAGCAGGCGCAGAAACAGCAAGCAAGUUUUAAUCGUGAUGACUGACGGAAUAUCCAAUGACCGCGUGCGCGGAAGUGCACUGGCACUAAAGCGCGCAGGAAUAGAAGUAUUUGCCAUUGGAAUUGGAAAGAAUUACAACAUUGGACAGCUCAUGCAGAUAGCCUCCACAAAGAGACAAGUCUACGUGGCGGGAUUUAGGAAUCUGCAAAAUAUUGUUCGAGUGAUAAAGUCUAAAGCUUGUAAAGGUAUGGCUAUCUCUGUCUCCAAGAUCAUGGAAUGCCUUUUUAAUUUGUUUGAAUGAAUCGCUUUUACGAUCGAUUUCUUGGAGAUUACUUCUAGCAUACAUUUUCCAAAAUUACGCUUUACUAAAUCAUUUUGGCUCUUUGUCCUUAAGCGCUUUCUUUUUUCUUGAUUUUAAGUUAGAAAACUUGGCUUAUUGCUAAUGUUACCGAGAGUUUUCCGUCUGGAGUUAUGUUUGUCAUUCUCCUUUUUCUUUGGCUGUUUUCUCCUCGAGAAUAAGCUUCAAAUCUGAUAGCAACAACCAUAACUUUCUUAAAAUAUGCAAAAUUUUUAACUAGGGUCCCACCCCUAGAUACCAGUUGGGCUUCCCCCCCCUCCCCCAUACUUGUUGGGCGCAGUUCCUAAAAUGCAGUUCUCCUGCGAGAAUUGUUUAUUUGCUUGAUUUUCGUCAAAUAAUAAAAAUUGAAAAAAGAAAAUCCGCUCGUAGUGACUAUGUAAUGAACCAUGGUGUGAUAAUUGCAUGGUCACACAUUACUUAAGUACUUGUGAGGAAAGUUAUUUUGUCGAUCUUAAUUUCGUUGCAGUGAAACCAGUGAAACCAGUGAGACCAGUGAGACCACCCAUUAGACCUCCCGUAAGGCCUACGGCUCGACCGCCAGUCAGACCACCUCGUAAGUGCAGCUUACCAUGAUAUUAAAAUAAAAACAUUAACCCUAUAACUCCUAAGACUGAAUCAUCCCUGGAUCACGAAUUAAGGUCUCAAGAAUAGAGGGAAUGAUCAUGAACUAAAGAAGCUCUUGUUUGUGAAACAAAUUCUCUUUGUCAGCACCUUAGGAAAUAUACAGAGAACAGUUUGGAGAAUACGCAUACUGAUGUUAGGGUGUAUAGGUCAAAGGCAGGAGGAGGUGUUUUUUCAAAUUAUAGCUUUUCUUUAAAACCAGCUGCUGCUUUUCCGAGAUGUUGAACUGACGUAGUCGGCAGUAAAAUUUGUCGGUCAAUAUUUAAUUUGUUUUAAACUUUUCUUGAGCGUCCGCUUCUUAUCAUUCAGUGAUGCCACCUCACCACGGGCACUGCUCUGAAUUUUGAUAGCUAUAGUCUGUUGAUGAUUAGACAUAAGUCACUACUGACUUAUCCAUACCAGUGUUGCUAAUAUUAUAACUUGCACUAUGCAUACAAAGCAUUUUAUUUAUGCAUUUAAAGCGCUUUGUUCAUGGCGUAUUGGCGCAUUAGUUGUUCAUAUUUGACCUCGCGUAAAUAAGCGAUGAUCUAAUUUCAAAUGGCGGCAAGGUUGUAAUUUGUCAUUCCUAGUUAUCAAAUUCCUUAGCUGCUUCCAUUGCAUAUGUAUUUAUCUCACGUGCCAUUUUCCUACUUUUUUACAGGUCCCGCUCGCGCCUCUGCGGUAUACCCGCUGACCUACCGAACACGGACACGAGAUGUCAGUUUGUUUGGAAACCCGGCAGGAUUUGCUAGGAAUGUUCGAUUUGCUCCAGGACCUGAUAAGAAACCGUACGGCUCAUAUCAGUUCCUUGGUCGAUCAGACAGUUACAUUGAAUUUCCAAAUCGUGGCAAAAUAGAUACAAAACGUUCCAUCACGCUUUUAGCGUGGAUCUACCACCAAGGACAAGCAGGCCCCAUUUUUAAUUACAAGCCAAAUGGUUGGGGUGUUCACUUUUGGAUGGUUUCACCUAGAACGCUGUUUGUCCGCUUUACGCGCCGUGGACGGCUUCGCUCCACCAAAUCGGUUAUGAGCAGGAGGGUCUUACCCGGUCGGUGGCAGUUCGUUGGUGCAAGUUACAACCAGCGCACAGGGCAAGCGAAGUUGUUCGUUAAUGGCAGGUUUACAGCGACGACGUACAUCGGGAGAAUCAGACUUGCAACGAAUUAUCCGGUCAGAAUGGGCGCCCGUGUUGGCGAUAGAAGAUAUUUCAAGGGACGAAUCUCGUGUAUGCAAGUGUAUGAUCGCGCUCUCACAGCAAAGCAAAUUUUACGCCGAAAGACCAGAUGCUUCAGAAAAGGUAUGUGUUAUCUCUCAGUUUGAAGCAUAGUACUAGCACAAGCUUUAUCUGGUAAUCAUUUAUUUUUAUAUGCCAGGGUGUUUCAUGGCCUCACUUUACGAUAUGUUCGGCAUAAUUAACUAAUUAAUCGGAACGUGGAAUAAAGAGGCAAGAGAACUAGGAAAUGCAUGGAAACAAAACGAUUUCAACUUUAAUACGUGUGCAAGAUUCCAAGGAUUUCACUUAGUUUUCACCUUCACAAUUAUACAGAUGGUUGCAGGUUUUAGUUGUUCUUACAUGGUAUGUCACUUUCAGGUCCUGUUGUUAUUCCUGGUGUUCCAGUCAGCCCAAUCCGUCCAGCAGGAAAAGGUAACCGACAACGUCUUUGUUGCAUUUAUAGCAUUUUUGCCUGUGGAACUACUAUCAUCCUAAGAUUUCUGGGCUGCAGUGAAUUUGGUAAUCGUUUAUCAUCUUUUGAGGUGGCGUUGCUUCAUAUUUUAUAUCAACAUGCUGAUGAGAGAGAAACCAGUCAAGAAACCGUAAAAGUAUGGCUGAAGAAGAAUGUAUGAACUUUGAGGAAAGAAAACAAAGCAGCUUAAUUUCAUGCUGCACACAGGGCUCUUUUUGAAUUUUUAUUUCUUCUAUUUUCUCGCAGUUUGCCUGGCCAAGAUCGACAUGACGUUCCUCAUCGAUGGCUCCGGCAGUAUUGAGGCGUAUGGCAAAGGAAAUUUCAAACGCUGUCUAGAUUUCGUCAAAAGAAUGGUCGUAUCCUUCAAAAUCUCUCAAAGACUUACUCGAGUCGGCGUGGUGCUUUUUUCCCACCGUCCUCGCCUUAUAUUCAGCUUCAACACGUACAGUAGAGCUCGUGAUAUCUUAAAAGCUAUCGACAGAAUUAGAUAUCCACGAGGAGGCACUAAAACAGGCAUGGCAAUGUACUAUGCCCAGCGGACCCUCUUUAGGCGCAAGCACAGACACCGUAAGCAGGUCAUGAUUGUGAUGACAGAUGGUCGUUCCCAGGACCGUGUGAGCGGAGCUGCACGUGCGCUAAAAAAACAGGGCGUGGUGUUAUUUGCUGUCGGUAUUGGCAAACGAUACAACAUUAACCAAUUGAUCCAUAUCGCGUCUUCAAGACGGCAUGUCUUCACGGCAGGAUUUAGGAAUUUGCCGUCAAUUGUCAGGAUUAUUAAGACAAAGGCAUGCGCAGGUGAGGCUCUUUAUCUUUGUUUCCGCUGUCUCAACAAAUUGGAUCGAUGUUGCUUUACGUUUGCAUCGUAAAUCUUCAGAUAAAUCUUCAAUCCUCUUUGGUAUUUCCGAUAAUAACCCUGGGAAUUGUUUGUUAAAUCACAUAAUCAUUCUUGGAAAAUAUACCAUUUAUUCAUGUCGUUGUAAAAAUAUCAAGCCGUCUGUAUCCUUACUGAAGGCUAAAACAUCUGAAACUCGGAAAUUUGAAUUUUUGAUUGCAAAAAAGAAUAAAAAAGAAUCUAUUCAUUAUAAAAAAUGGGAAAACAUGUUAUUGUAACUCAAUAGAUGAGUAUCGGGUAUUAACAGUUAUAGACGCAGUUGUAUAUACAGUCGUUCUACCAAAAAAGGAAUUUGAUGUAGAAGUAUUUGUACAAAUUAGGCUUAUAUUAUUAUAUAACCACAACAUAAAUUAAAUCUAGCCGACUGUGAAUGUAAUGUAAUGUAGUAUUUCGUAAUUAGUGUUAGUGAGUAGCGUAAGCGUUAGUGUAAUUAACUUUGUAUUUGUUUGUAUUACUCUAGUAUUUGUGCUUUAAGUGAAAAUUUAAAAAAUGUUAAAAAAUAAAAAUAAAAAAAAAAGUAAAUCUUCAGAUUUAGCUUCCUCCAUGCUUUCCACAACGAUCAAAAUCUGUUGAAUCUUCCUGAAGUAUUUAUUUGUCGAUCAGACAGGUUUUAGAGAAAUGAUUAGGGUAUUAUGAACUAUUUGUAGUAAAUAGUGAAAUAACAGCAAAUAUUUGUGCCUUAUUAAAGCGAAGUGUAACACGAUGAAAAACAUGUAAUAAUCACUAACAAGCAUUUCACAUUUUUUUGCUUGUAAAUGCUUUUAAGGUGCUGUCAAACCAAGCAAACCAGGAAAACCUUCCCGUCCAGCGCGUAAGUAACAAAACACUUAGCUGAUUACAUCAGUUUGUAAACUCUGGAGACCUGCUUGGUUGAUUAUUGCUUCCGAUGAUGUUAAGGUACAAAGGAACACUCGGGCUGAGAGUAAUGAGAGAAAACAGUAGCAAAAAUUAAUAACUUACCAGACCAUUGUUUCAUAGCUCCGCUCCUCACAAGUUAAUGAGUGACGGCAAUUUUCCCCAUGAAGGAAAGCGUACUUUAUUUCGUCUAAUUGAAAGGGAUCAGUAGACGCUUCGCCGCCUUAAUUUUUUCGCUACCGCAAGUAGCUUUGACGAGAACAGUGGACACUCUCCCCUAUGAUUUCUUAUCGAACAAAAUCCUCAAGUUAUUCGCACCGCUUGGGCAAUGGUCAGCAAUCUAUCCCUUUACUAUGUUGCGUCGUAUAUAGUUCAAACGGAUAAGUGAAAUCUUUACGAAUUAAGAUCACAAUUGAUUUGAAUUUGAAGGUUAUGUUCGUGCCAUCGCUUUGUAUCCACUGUCAUAUCGAACAAAGGGAAGAGACAUCGGCGUCUUCUCCAAUCCUCCUGGAGUUCGAGGUCUUGUCAGAUAUGCAACCGGUCCAGACGGGCGACCUAACACCGCAACCCAGUUCUUCGGUAAGCCUAACAGCUUCAUUCAGUUUCCCAACAGAGGCAAGCUUGACACGAAACGAUCUAUCACUCUAUUGGCUUGGAUCUACCAUGAAGGAAGUUCGGGUCCUAUUUUCAACUACAUGCCGAAUGGCUGGGGCGUCCAUCUCUGGAUGACAUCUCCUACGACUCUCUUUGCACGGUUCACGCGUCGUCAAGGACGCCGCUUCACUCCUGACAUUCAAUACCGCGGCAUCGCGCACAGAAGGUGGCAAUACGUAGCUGCGAGCUAUGAUGGCGGGAGCGGCACGGCUAAGCUGUACCUGAAUAGCAGACUGGUUGCGCGAAAGCGCAUUGGAAUAUUUAGAAUGGCAACAAAUUAUCCUGUCAGGAUGGGUGCAAGGGUUGGUGACAGUCGCUUCUUCAAAGGGAGAAUCUCUUGUAUGCAGGUGUACAAUGUGGCAUUGAACUCCAGACAGAUUGCAGCUCGAAGCAGAAGAUGUUUCUUGAAAAGUAAAUAUCCUAGUAGUGUGUUAUUUAACUGUCUGUGAAACUAUCAGUCCUCGUCACAAAUAUUUAAUCGUUUCCCUCUUUUCACCUUGUCAAUUUUGGUAUCGAAAAAAAAAUUCCCCCUCCAAGUAACUCAUCAUUGGGAACGAAAAGUACGGGUGUAGGGGGAGUCAGAAUUUCACCACUGUAUGUUAUAUUUUGGAUUUAGUGAGUCUGGGAUUUUUAUUUUUAUAACGAAAGGAAUGCAGGAAAUCUUGAAAACCGGUAUCUGUGGCAAAGAUUUGCAAACUGUGAACGAAACGCUUUGGUAGUAUAAUCUCUGUCUGGCAUUGUGUCGCAUUUUGCGAGCCAUAGUGAAGAUUACGGCUUUUAUCCCGCUAGCACGCGCGCAUCAUUCCAUCAUAUUUUUUUUCUUCAUUUAAUUUUUUCAUUACCCUCCAAAGUGAUAAUGAUAGUAACACGAUCUAUGCUUUUGGGCAAAAAUAUGUUUUAGGCCUUUCUCAGAGUUCACUGUAAAUCUCGCUUAACGGCUUGGGCUAAAAUGAUGCUGAGUCAGGCCCAAAAAUAUUUAUGCACGCGAACAUAAACUCUACUGCUUAAUUGGACUUGAAUAGAAAAAUCUAGAAUCCUCUUAACAUAGUGAAUCCUCUCCAUUUGAAACUUGUAGGUACUGUAACACCUGGUCGCCCCGUGGUUCCAGGUGGAGUGCCCUUCCGUCCAGGCAAACCAAGUAAGUAAUUUGAGUAAAAGGAUUAAGGCAUAAGAUUAAAGGGCGAGGUAAAAAAUUACUACAGAUUACAGAUUUUUGGCAUAAAAAGUCGCUUAAGAGUACAGAUGUAUGAUUAAAGAUUUUCAGCUCCUAUGUGCUUGUUCUUGAAAAGGGUGAAUCAAAUUUUCCUCGAAAAACAAAAGUUUCAUCAAAUAAUUACAGUUCGUUUAUUUCGUAAUUUAGAAACUUAAGGUUCUUUUUUAACUUAAUUCGAUACGUUUGUUCAAACAGCGACAAAUAAUUUGAUAUUGAGUUCGAGAUACAAAACUUAACUUUGCGGAGAACUUUUCGUGAUUUAACUGCGUGAAUAUUCUAAUCCUAGUCGCAUAACAUGUGCACAUUCAAUUUCUCCUCAGUGUGCAAAACUAAGGUUGAUCUUGGUUUCCUUGUUGAUGCCUCUGGAAGUAUUGAAAUGUACGGCCGUGGUAAUUACCAGCGGAUGAAGGACUUCAUCAAAGAAGUGGCGGGAAGCUUCGUUGUAUCCAGGCAUGGAACUCACGUUGGUGUAGUCGUGUUCGCCAGCAGACCUGAACCAGUGUUCCAGUUUAACACCUACUACACGAGGCGAGGCGUCAUGAACGCUGUCCAAAAGAUCCCGUAUAUCAACGGAGGAACCCGGACCGGCUUAGCUAUAAGAAGAGCUACUCGGUACCUGUUCAAACCUCACCACCAACCCGGACGAAAGAAAGUGUUGAUUGUCAUGACAGACGGUAUCUCGUACGAUGAUGUAAUUGUCCCAGCAAGAAGACUUCGUCGCACGGGUGUCUCCAUAUAUGCACUCGGAAUCGGUCUUAAGUACAGUCGACGACAGCUUGGCAAAAUUGCCGGAACUCCGAGGCAUGUGUUUAUCUCGAAGUUCGCGACUCUCCGAAAGGCCGCUCGUAAAAUCGUGAGUCGCAUAUGCGCGGGUGAGUAGACCAGAAACGUAAAUAUAAUCUUUAACAACAGAAUUGCAACAGUUUUGAAAACUUUUACUUCUUUUUCACCAUGGACUCAUUUUAACCUCUCUUCUCCAUCCGAAAAAAUCUUCGUUGAUCAUUGCCUCUUCUUUCCACAAUACGUGGGAAGGGUGGGAGGAAGGUGUUGGAUUUUAUUUGCUCACCACAUCUUGGGAAAUAUUACAAAUGUUUUCUUGUUUGUUCUCUGCCUUCCUUAGAACCAGGAGCCAAACCCAUAAAACCAGUUGGUCCAAAACCUGUUAGACCUCCCCAACCAGGUAAACACGACCUUUUUCUUCGCGUUUUAAGGCUUUUGCCUCAAUGAAUUUUACACAUUUUGCUUGAAAUUACGUACUUAUCUUCAGUCAUUUUGCACUUUCUCAUUGCAUCUUUGUUUCUCAGUACGUGCUGUGGCUAUUUAUCCACUGAAUGGAGGAGUGAAAGGCCGCGACAUUAGCUUGAGCAAAAAUCCAACCGCCAUCCUAAGUAACGUGAGGCCCGCACCAGGACCUGACCGGACCCGCGAUGGAUCGUACCAGUUCUUUGGUAAAUCCAACAGCUACAUCUAUUUCCCUAAUCGCGGAAAGUUGGAUACCAGACGAUCGAUUACCCUGAUGGCGUGGAUCUAUCAUCAGGGACGCGCAGGACCCAUCUUCAACUACAUGCCGAAUGGCUGGGGCGUGCAUUUCUGGAUGAUUACACCGAGAACGCUGUUCGUGCGGUUUACACGUCGACGAGGACGCCGCUUUACUAAGGCGGUGAUGAGCAGAAGAGUCGUACCCAAUCGAUGGCAGCUUGUUGCCACGACCUUUGAUGGAAGGUCCGGACAAGCUAGACUGUUUAUUCAAAGGCAGUUUGUGGCCCAAAAGUACGUUGGAAAAAUACGACUGGCAACGAACUAUCCCGUGAGAAUGGGAGCACGUAUUGGUGAUUCACGGUUCUUCUUUGGACGGAUAUCGUGUAUGCAGGUGUAUCCAAUGGCGCUGACAAGAAGACAAAUACUUGCGCGAAAGACAAGGUGCUUCAGAAAAGGUCGGACAGGAUUUUCGUCUUGA